GGAGUCCGGUAACGUCUCCUCCGUGUCUGCGCUACCUCGACUCAAGGUGAAGACGUUUUCGGGUGCGUUCGAAGAGUGGCCUACCUUCCGCGACAGCUUCUUGUCGAUUGUCGGGAAACACUCGUCCAUCUCGAACAUUGAACAGUUCCAUCAUCUGAAGCUCUGUCUUGACGGAGCUGCUGAAAGAUUGAUACGCCCAUUAGCCGUGAUUGGGGACAAUUACCCGCGCGCGUGGAAAAUGUUAAAGGAACGUUACGAGAACAAACGGGAAGUUGCGCGCUCUAAUUUCGCCGCGUUCACCAGCACUCCCAAAAUGAAAGGCGACACCGCCGAAGAACUUGAUCGGAUAUACAACGCCGUGACCAGUGUCGUGAGCGGGCAGAAGGGUAUCGGUCGACCCAUCGCUUCACACGGCUGCGACUUGCUGAACCAUCUCGUGGCCGAGCUGUUCGACCCGAAAACUCGCCUCGAGUGGGCGUCUUACACGAGCGAAUCGAACGACGUUCCAAGUCACGAGACUCUGGUGAAGUUCAUUUCGAGACGAGCUCUCACUCUCAAAGUCGCGAAGGCGACAACCGCGAAGUUCUCCGGAGACCCGCCGCGAUCCGCGAAGUCCCAUCUCGCUAAACGGUCCAUCGCCUCAUCGCAGUGUGUCUUGUGCAAGGGCAAGCACCAUGUCAUGAUGUGCGACGAAUUUAAGGCGAAAUCCGCGAUCGAACGUAAAACCGUCGCGAAAACGCACAGACUUUGCUUCAACUGCCUCGGUUCGCACCAGUUCGCGAAGUGUCAAUCCGCGAAAACGUGCGCGUCUUGUAAGGCUCGGCAUCACUCGAUGCUCCACGAGGCUUACACCCCGCAGACGGUCUCCGAAGCCAACGCUCUCUCCGCAGUGCGUCAGGACGACGAAACCAAGGCGAUUCUCCUCGCGACCGCGAGGAGGUCUCUCUGA